AUGCUGGCCCGACUUUCCGUAUGUUUCACUGGCUUAUUUUCACAUUCAUUUGUAAAUAUCCACGGAUCUGUCAAUAUUGAGAGAAAAUGGAGACUAUGCAUAGUAAAAAGCGAGCAUACUUCAAAAAGAAUUGCUUUACUUUGUCCGAAAUUGGUUGAAAGUCCAAUACAAUGUAUUAUAGAACCCGAUAGGUUCAGCUGUUUACGUCGCAUAAUCGAAGGUGAGGUCGAUUUCACUGUAGUGGAGCCAGAAGAACUUGUAGCAAUAAAAAACUCUUACUUAUACAACGUUCUAGUCACAAAUGAAUUAAAACUCAUCCAAUACGAACCGGAGCGUUUUAAAAUAGUGGCCAUAGCGCAUAAAAGUGUACAACGCACAUGGGACAUUAAAGGCAAGCGAUUAUGUCAUCCUGGCUUUAACACUGUCAACGACUGGUCUACAGUUUUUUCAACGUAUCUCGAAAAUUUGAUAAUUCCCAAAGAAUGCAAUUUCAAUAUGACACUAUUCGAGAACAGAAUGCACGCUUUGUCCAAAUUCUUUGAAGUGGCUUGCAUCGCUGGUCCAUGGUCGUCGGAUGCGAUAUUUGAUUAUCAAUUGAAAUCAAGGUACAAGAAUCUCUGUGCUGCGUGCGAAAAUCCGUCCAGUUGUUACAAUACUGAUAAAUAUUAUGGGCGGGAGGGUGCUCUAUUAUGUCUCACCGAUAACGUGGGUGACAUCGCCUGGGUCAGAUUGGAUGACGCUCGCGCGCAUUUCAAGGCCGAGACAAUCGAUACACAGGAUUUCAAGUUUCUGUGCUCGGACGGUACCACAAAACCGCUUGCAUUCGAUCAACCGUGCGUUUGGCUAUCAAAACCGUGGCAGGUCAUCAUAUCUACAACAGAAAGUGCCAUGAAGAUCGCCAACUUGAUGAAUUCGAUGGUCGACACAUCGUUCUGCUGGAAAAACAGCUUGUUGCAGCUGAUGGAGAAUUAUUACGUCACUUCGGCCAACGUAGACGCACUAGAAGUACCGUCCGAUUAUUUAUCCCGAUUCCCAAAUUUCAUGAGUGCUUAUGCUCAAUCGGAUUGUCGACCUUCAAGAACGGUGCGAUGGUGCGUAAUAAACGAUCUCGAAUUGUAUAAAUGCGAGACGCUGAAAGACGCCUCCAUCAUUUAUGGUGUGGAACCAAUGAUCAACUGCUUCCAGCAAAAUAGCGACUCGUGCUUGAAGGCCGUACAGAACAAAGUAAUGGACAUCUUUAUGGCGCGACCCGAGGACCUUCUCGAAGCUAAGAUGAAGGGUUUGAAGCCUAUCGUCCACGCGAUGACUAACGUAAAAGAGGAAGUGAACAGAAUCGUGGCAGUUGUAAAAAUUAAUUCCCGGUUUAAGACUAUAAAGGAUCUCAAAUAUGCUAGAGCAGCCUUCACGGGCUACAGAAGCGUCGGUUGGAACGCUUUUGUGACAUUCAUGAGGAACAUGUCGAGCAAAAAUUGGGAUUGUUCCGAUGCGCAGGCUGUUGCAAAAUUUUUCGCGAACAGUUGUGUUCUCGAUUGGUAUCAUUACGAAGAGCUUCCAGCUAAUUUGCAUUCUUUAUGUAAAGAAAAUGCGAACCGAACGAACGACGAUUUAGAUGCCUUCGAUUAUUUAACUUCGGGUGUCGUCGACGUUGCGUUCAUCAAUCUCAAGGUUAUAGAAAGCAAGACAAAAAUCGGUGAUUUUUCUUAUGAGAAGAUUGAUCAUAGGAAUAUAAAUGUGAAACCCAAGUACAGGAUAUUAGGUCCAACCUUGGCAGAAACCUCGCAUAAAGCUCCAUAUUUACUCACUUGGACAACUCUUGGUUCGAUAGUAACACAUGAGAAUAUCACGGAUCUAAGACGUCAGGAGAUAUAUUCCAUGCUGCUCGAAAUAGAUAAGCUGUUUGGGAAGACAUACAGCGGACAGACACCUGCGUUUUCGUUGUACGGGCCUUACGACGGCAAUUAUGGCGUUAUUUUUCCCGAUGGCACGCGUCAUUUAGAGUUACAUGGUCAUCAGGUACUGAGAGGACGCAAUUACGAUGAAGUCGUAGAAAAUUUCAUGAAGCAAGAAAUUUGCAGUGCCGCGAGCACAUGGAUCUCUCAUUUCCUGGGAACUGUCUCUUCAUGUGUAAUUGUUGUCGUUCUAAGUCGAUUAUUGAACUGUUGACAAUGAAUUGCAUGCUUUCUGCGAAGAGAUCGCGGUUUAUAUAAUAGAAUUAUCUGUUAUUGAUGGUACAAUCGGCAAGAGACUAGAUUUAGAUAAAAGAAUAGAUUUUUUUCUACACAAAAUUAUACUUUCGAGAAAAUAAAAUUAAAAAAAUUG